UGCAAAUUUAACAAGUUCCCAGCUUGUACUGCUGAGAAUGCUGUUCUUGUUCAUUGGUAAGAGAGAUUCGGUAGAGUUGUUGUUGUUGUGCAUGUCAAUAUGGGCAAUUGCUGGGGAUCUGAUUCUAUUGGUCAAGAAGCUAGCCAUGUUUACAGCUCCACCAAUAUCCCCACCACCGGAGGAACAUCGAAUAACAUGGCAUCAUCUGCCACCAGCAGCGUUAGCAAUUGCAGAAGUCAAUUUUCUCAAACCGUAAGUGAAAUCGUGGAGGAGGAAAACCCCGAUGGGCGGAUCCUGGAAACACCGAACUUGAAAGUCUUUACCUUUGCAGAGAUGAAGACUGCAACUAAGAAUUUUAAUACACUUUUGGGGGAAGGGGGUUUCGGCAAAGUGUACAAAGGCUGGUUGGACGAGAAAACUUUAGCACCCUCCAAGGCUGGCUCUGGAAUGAUCGUUGCCAUCAAGAAAUUGAAGCAAGAAAGUGUUCAAGGCUUCCACGAGUGGCAGUCAGAGGUGAACUUUCUAGGAAGGUUAUCUCAUCCCAGCUUGGUUAAGCUGUUGGGGUACUGUUGGGAGGAUACAGAGCUGCUCCUUGUGUAUGAGUUCAUGCAGAAAGGAAGCUUGGAGAACCAUCUAUUUCGACGAAAUCCUGCAAUUGAACCUAUGUCUUGGGAAACCAGGCUUAAAAUCGUCAUUGGAGCCGCUCGAGGUCUAGCGUUUUUACACUUUUCGGAGAAGGUCAUUUAUAGGGAUUUCAAGGCCUCUAAUAUAUUGCUUGAUGGGAACUUCAAUGCAAAAAUAUCAGAUUUUGGCUUGGCCAAAUUGGGGCCUUCAGGUGGAGACUCGCAUGUAACGACCAGGGUUAUGGGAACAUAUGGCUAUGCUGCACCUGAAUACAUCGCAUCCGGACAUUUGUACGUUAAAAGCGAUGUGUACGGAUUUGGUGUGUUGCUUGAGGUGAUGACAGGGCUGAGAGCAUUUGACACAAAGCGCCCGGAAGGAAAGCAAACUCUGGUGGAUUGGCUUAAACCAACACUAGCACACAAAAGAAAGCACAAAACAAUAAUGGAUGCUCGGAUCGAGGUUCAGUAUUCAUCCAAGGCCGCAUCGCUAACAGCUGUGCUUACCCUCAAAUGUUUAGAGCAUGAUCCUAAAAACCGUCCGUCCAUGAAAGAAGUUGUCGAGGCAUUGGAACGGAUCGAAUCGCUUAAUAAGGAAAGGCCAAAGGACACCUCCAGAUCCGGCUCCAUUCAUUCCUGGACUACUCCUAGGCAUGGAGAACAAGGUAGUAGUCAUCGUUCCGCAGGAUCAAUCCGAGGGAAAAGAUAAGUAAUCAAAGAUCCU